UCAUUAUUCACGUUAAUUGUAAUUAAUUAAUUUUUAAUCCUCUCAAGAUUCUUAUAUCUAGUAUUCACACUGAAGCAAAGAAUUUGGACCUUCUCAGAUUUUCAAAAUCAAGAAAAAAAAAAAGGAAAGAAAGAGCCUUCUUUUCUUUUGGCUAAUGACUUGAUGUUUGAUUUUACAGCUCACAUCCUCAUCCAUUCCAAUUAUAAUAAUCAAUUAGUCAAUUGGAUUUCUUCUCUUCUUUCAUUUCCUUUUUUCUUUCUUUUUACUUCAAACUUUUUCUUGAAAUGGGUUGAUUAUUAAUGUCCCUGUUGCUAAUAUUAAUAGUUAAUACCAAUCCCGUCUUUGUCACGCCCAUUUGUUUAAUCAAAACUUCUAGUAUCGUAUAGGGAAUCUUUGCUCUCCUUGUAAUCCACUUUGGUUUAAUCUUGCACGCAAAUACCUUAAUUUAUUUCUCAAAUCUUUAUUGCAGUGUUUUAGGUGAAGGGUUUCAUCUUUUUUUUUUUUGUUCAUGUUUUGAUCGCAUAGACUGCACCGAGGGUGUUUGAGCCUGAAAGUUGUUGAUCAAUGGCUGAAUCCUUUGGUCCACGAUUGUACAGCUGCUCGAAUUGUCGAAAUCAUGUUUCUCUCCACGAUGAUAUAAUUUCCAAGUCUUUUCAGGGAAGAAAUGGCCGGGCAUUUUUGUUCUCCCACGCAAUGAAUGUUGUUGUAGGACCAAAAGAAGACAGGCACCUGUUAACUGGUCUUCACACUGUUGCCGAUAUCUAUUGUGCUGAUUGCCGUGAGGUCUUAGGUUGGAAGUAUGAGCGAGCCUAUGAGGCAUCACAGAAGUACAAGGAAGGGAAGUUUAUACUUGAGAAGGCAAAGAUUGUUAAGGAGAACUGGUAGCACCUGCACCAUGUCAGGGUUCUCAUUCCAUUUAUUCCUGUGUUGAUGUAAUUGUAUCAAUGCUUCACAUUGAUCUUGUACAGAAACUUGUCACCCGUUUGGAAAUUUGUCAUUGUUUCCCACUCUGCAUUCUUAACAUGCUCAACGUCCAGAGAAUGCGUAAUGGAUUGACCAUUCCCAUGUUAAUAAAUUGCGGUACUGUCAACUACUCUCUAUGACAUCUCAUUGUGUACUAUGGAUUAAGCAUUGUGUAAAUACCUGUGGAUAAAAUUGUUUGAGGAAUC